AUGCACUUUGCUACCUCAGCCAUUGCUCUCGUCGCCCUGGCGGCCGCCUCGCAGGCCGCCUCGGUCACCUUCUGGACCCUCGAUGACGCGCAGCGCACCGUCUACUUUGUCGGAAACCCCGGGUCGCCUCAGAUGCCCCCCGUGACCGUCGGGCACGAGGAGAACAAGACUGUCGACUUUGUGAACAACUGGGCGGGGAACUUUUACGCCAUCCCAGAGGGCGGGGACAACAAGGCCGGGAUGCUGGGCGAGGUGCAGUUCUCCGGCUGGCUCGGCAAGACGUACUUUGACGUGUCGGCCAUUGUCAACGGGACAGACCACAACAACGUCAAGCAAAUGUGGCCGACGAGCAGCAAGACGCCCAUGUCUGGAUGUGAGGUGUUCCCGUGCAACAACUGCUACUGGCUCUCGGAUGACGUCCAGACCAAGGUGACGGAUGAGACGGACCUGAUGACGACGCUGGGAUCGGGUUCCACGGGCAUGGCCUUUGCCUAG